UGUGUUCUCCCAUCUUGGUGGGAAAGGAAGAGACUUUAUUGUAUUCACAGUUUUGGGCUAGACAUGCUGUGUCUGCUACUUAAGUGCAUGAAUAAACAUGCAAUGUUCUGUGCUAUGAAAAUAAUAAAGUUAUUUAUAAAACUGUUUGUGCAUCAUGCUGGCUGCACAUUCAACAAAGAUAUGUGUCUUGGAACAACUAAGUACAAAGUUUUUCAUGUAAAAUUAAGGUGUUGGCCUAGUAACAAGGGCUGCAUCAUUACAGCAGUAUCAGAAUAGCAUAACUGCAAGGGUGGGUCCAUUCUAAUCAUUUGAGUUGGGCAAGUGUUUCAUAUCCAUUUAGUACUGAGGCAAGUGCUGACCAUGUGAGAGAUCAUCUCUGAGGCAGCUCGAGUCAUGGGUCAAUAAGUAGUACUGAGGUGAUGCUGGGCACGCAAGGGCUCAGUUUCCACCUGACUCAAGUCGUUGAAUGGUCAAAUGAUGCUUUGUAUUCAGGGGACAGUUUUAGGAGUGCUGGCUCUCUGCAUUCUAAACGAGACUCUUUGACUAGGCGUCUAUGUUGCAUUUGUUAUUCAGGCCUCUUGGGGUAGAGCUGGGAUAAUUAAAUAUGGAGCUUGUGUAAAUGACAAUACAAUAGGUCAUCAAGUGCUGAAAGUCUUGCCGACUGAGCAAAGUCCAAUGGUGGUGAUAGCUGGUGGCCCAGUGCAUUGAUGACUGCAUGAUAAAUGUGCAUCAAGGUCUGUUUGGUCACAACUGAAGCAAAGUGGUGGCAAUUCAAGGGCAGCUGAAAUAAUUUUUUAAGCAUGGAAACCAGACAUUGUGGUCCAAUAGCACAGCAUUGUGUGAGGUGUGGUUUUAGGAGGGAAUAGGAUAGAUCUGAUGUCUGCUUAAACACACACUUACCAGUUUAGAACACUUAGUGUCAAGUACAGCAAUUUUACAGCAAAUAAUAUUGGUUUGUCUGCAAAACUCUCAAAGUAACCAACCCAGCCACAAGUACCAAUAAUCACUGGGAAGAAAUGGUUUGAUAGUGCUUUAUUUGCAUUCACAAGCCAAGAUGAAUGCCAUCACUGAGGCAAGAGACCAGCUUCAAGGUGCACUGGAGGCGGCCGGCUCCCGCAAGCGAGACUCUGAGUGGGACAGCUCAGAUGAUGACAAUCUCAUUGACAUUCAGGACGUGUCGUCACCGAGCCGCGUCGUGAGGAAGCGCCGCCGACGGGAGACGCCUGUGGGCAGCUACCACGAUACAUACGUCAUGAAGCUGUUCGACCGCAGCGUAAACCUGGCUCAGUUCGGGCCCAGCACGGCCCUAUACCCGGUCUGCCGCGCCUGGAUGGCCAACGAUCCUACCAACACCAGCCUGGCCGCGCCCAAGAGGGAGCCGGUGGAAGAGCACCCGGAGCCGGCCGCCGAGUCCGGUCUGGUGUUCCGGCUACCGGCGCCCGUGUUCGCGCCGCUUGACGAGUCGGGCCACCCGGCGGACCUGCGCCUGCCUGCCGAUCUACAGCCGCCGGCGGCCGCCGUUCGGCCGGCCGAGCUUCACCCCAGCAAGGCGGAGGACGCGCCACACAAGACGAGCCUGCUGGCUGACCACCUGAGCCGCUGGCGCGGCGUGCGUGACCGCUGGCACGCCGCCGCCGCCAGGAACGAGCUGCGCUACGCAGAGAGCUUCCGUCUGCUCAAGUCCAUCUGCGUGCCGGACAGCUAGCUGCCCAAGUUCAUCUGCGUGCCAGACAGCUAGCUGCCCAAGUCCAUCUGCGUGCCGGACAGCCAGCUGCCCAAGUCCAUCUGCGUGCCGGACAGCUAGCUGCCCAAGUCCAUCUGCGUGCCGGACAGCUAGCUGCUCGGGCCGGCUUCGGAGCCGGAUAGCUAGCUGCUCGGGCCGGCUCGCUGGGAAACCCGCGGCGACUCCACCGUGCGAAAUGACCCCGUGGGCUCGCGACGCUCCACCACGUGAGAUGACCCUGCUGGCUCGCGACGCUCCACCACGUGAGAUGACCCUGCCGGCUCGCGACGCUCCACCACGUGAGAUGACCCGGCCUGCUCGCGACGCUGCACCACGUGAGAUGACCCUGUCGGCUCGCGACGCUCCAACGCUUCAGGUGUCGUUACAGGAACGCUGAAAACAACUUGGAAAAUAUCGACACAACCGGCUUGCCAGACUUAAAUGAGCCCAGAUGAGUUGUCAGAGUUUUUAUGACAGACAAAGCUGUGUUCCUCUGAGUGCAGUACCCUACCAACUUCAAAGUAAUCCUGCUGUGCCAUUGUAGCGUUCAGUGCCCGGGCUGGAUCAGGCGCGGUAGACACCUAAACGUUGACAUAUGACACGCGGCGAGCGAGCAUCCUGUUAAUGGUAUUUCGCUGUAGUUUGCGGGCAUUUUGUCCGCAUCGUGUUUUCCCACAGUCUCCAAAUAUAUUGCUGCAAUGGCUGCCCGCAAUUCAGCUGGGCUGAUGUACUUCUAUCUGCGUGCUUGAACAAGCCCCUUGUUCGGGGCGCUCGGGGCUCGCAUCUGGGGCGUCCGUUGUUUUGUGGAGUGGGCAAUGUCAAGCGGUGAUGUUCCAAAGUCGUGAAAGUGGGAGUGAAUAAAUGCGGACCUAUUCACCACA